AUGGAUGAAGACUGUUGGCGACAAGCGUUUGCGCGCGGUGAAGUACAAGUACUCGGCAGACUUGGCGAGGGAACAGGUGGUGCCGUGACACGAUGCAAACUUGCUCGUAUCCCAACCAUUUUCGCGUUGAAGAGUAUUCCCGCUGAUCCAGAUCCAGUCAUUCAACGUCAAAUCCUGCGCGAGUUGUCCAUCAACCGCUCGGUUGACUCGCCACAUAUUGCAGAGUAUUAUGGUGCGUACUUGGAUGAAAAACAAGGGGUCAUCAAUAUUGCCAUGGAGUUUUGUGAAGGUGGAAGUUUGGAUAGCUUAUACAAGCAAGUCAAGCGCAGAGGUGGACGGACGGGGGAACGCGUGCUAGGGCGUGUUGCGCAUGGUGUGUUGCAAGGACUCACAUACCUGCACUCACGCAAGAUCAUCCAUCGCGACAUCAAGCCAAGCAAUAUCCUCCUGACACUCGAAGGAGGCGUCAAGCUAUGCGAUUUUGGCGUAUCAGGCGAGUUGGUCAAUUCAUUGGCUGGUACAUUUACUGGCACGUCUUACUACAUGGCACCUGAGCGUAUCCAAGGCCAGCCAUAUACAGUGACCUCUGACAUUUGGUCGCUUGGCUUGACAUUAAUGGAGGUGGCGACCAACAAGUUUCCUUUUAUGCAGGAUGAUGGGGCACAGCUCAUGCCUAUUGAGCUUCUCAGCGUCAUUGUUUCUGCUGAACCGCCGACAUUGCUGGACGAACCAGACGUUGGCGUGAAAUGGUCUCGUCCAUUCAGACAUUUCCUCAAGGUCUGCCUUGAACGCAAUCGACAAAAUCGACCGAGUCCAAGAGAGAUGCUUGAACAUCCCUGGGUCACGGGUAUCAUGGCAAAGAGAGUAGACAUGGCGCGUUGGAUCUAUGAAGUAUGGCAUUAA